AUGGCAUCCUCUUCUUUCACGGACUCGAUCAGUUCUCUGGGUUGGAGUAGGCGGGAUCCCGACCUUCCCGUCAACACUUCCCAGCAGAGUGGCCUCCUGUCCUCGCUCAGGUCACUCAACCCUUUUGGGGGCGGAGGCUAUGUGCAGCUUCCAACAACCGAAAGCGCAGGUGCCCCUCUGCCCGCCCCGACCAGACGUGAGGAAGAGGAAGGCUGGCUUGCCCUGAGCCGCUGGGACCGAUUAAUGAUCUUUGCGGUGUGCAACCUGGCUGCCAUUGCUUGCUUCGUUAUCGGAUUUUCUCUCCUUCCCAUCCUAGCCACGAGACCGAGAAAGUUUGUCAUUCUAUGGACUCUCGGAUCUAUUCUCUUCAUGGCGUCUUUCGCCGCCGUCAUGGGCCCGAUGGCAUACUUCCAGCAUCUCAUUUCGGGCACCCGACUACCAUUUACCGCCGCCUACGUAGGAUCCAUUUUCCUCACAUUCUACUUCUCUCUUGGUCUUCACAGCACUCUCCUCACCCUCAUCUCCGCCAUUGUCCAGAUCGUCUGCUUGAUAUGGUAUCUCGUCAGCUACUUUCCGAUGGGAUCUGCAGGCCUACGCAUUGCCGCAAGCUAUGGGACUCGCCAGGCAACGUCCUGGAUGCUGGGGUAA